CGUCGCGACGCUCCAAACCCCACACUAACCGAGCCGCCUUCUUCCCCCGGAAUUCCGCGCGACGUCACCGUCACCCGGCAGUUCGUCACCGUCGAUGACCGAAACGGUUACUCCCCUACCACCACCAACACCACCGAGCAGUUACCACUCUUCUCCGCGUCGCUAAUUUCUCUCUCUCUCUCUCUCUCUCUCUCUCUCUCUCUCUUGCUAAUCCCCUUCUCCGAUAACGGCUGAUCCCUCUCUAAUCGCCGAUCGCCGCCAUGUCCUCCUCUUCCUCCUCGUGCGACGAGAGCGGGAACGCUAGCCCCCCGGCGGCGGAGGCGGCGGGGGCUGCGUCGGCGGGGGUGGCGCCGGCGUGGCCGAGGCGGCACUGCCGGGACGUGUUCUGGCUGGUGGUCUUCCUCCUCCACCUGCUUGUCUUCGGCGCCGCGCUCGCGCUCUUCGGCCUCAACCGCUUCUGCCAGGCCGACCGCUUCAACAUCGGCCUCUACGCCAACCUCACCGCGGACCCGACGGUGCCGGCGUCCGAGCUCACGGAGACGUACUGGAAGUACUACGGCGCUGCAGGGGCCGUGGGGGCCGCGCUCGCGUGGGCGCGGCUGGCGGCGGCGGCCGGGAGUAAGGACGGGGGGAAGGUGGUCAUGCGGACCGCCGUGCACAGCCUCACGGCGUACCUCGCCGUCGUCAGCGUGCUGUGCUUCUGGGGAAAGCACUUCUUCUGGGGCGUCGCGCUUGCUGUCGGCGCCGGCCUGCACUUCCUUUACGUCAUGUCAGUGCUCGAUAGGUUUCCUUUCACAAUGCUAAUAUUGCAGAAGGCAGUAAGAAUGGUAUGGGAACUUCCUGAUGUGAUGAGAGUUGCAUAUGCAUUUGUGCUAGUCAUGCUUUGUUGGAUGGCAUUAUGGUCCUUUGGAGUUUCUGGUAUUGUUGCCUUUGGCAUGCCAAAUGGUGGCCAAUGGUGGCUUCUUUUGAUUUUUUCAGUCAGUUUAUUUUGGACUGGAGCUGUCCUUAGCAAUACAGUCCAUGUCAUUGUAUCAGGUAUGGUAUUCCUUGUUCUCAUUCAUGGUGGACCAACUGCUGCAUCGAUGCCCCCAAAACCGCUUCUAAAGUCGCUUCGAUAUGCUGUAACCACUUCAUUUGGAAGCAUUUGCUAUGGAUCACUUUUUACAGCUGCUAUUAGGACUUUACGUUGGGAGAUUCGUGGAAUCCGUUCCAAAAUUGGAAGCAACGAGUGUUUGCUGUGCUGUAUUGAUUUUGUGUUUCAUAUUGUGGAGACCCUUGUUCGCUUCUUCAACAAAUAUGCAUAUGUACAGAUAGCUGUCAAUGGGCAGAGUUUCAAUAGGUCAGCUAGGGAUGCUUGGGAGCUGUUUCAAUCCACAGGGAUCGAAGCACUUAUUGCUUAUGACUGUUCGGGUGCUAUCCUUCUGAUGAGCACCAUGUUAGGUGGACUAAUUACGGGAACCUGUACAGGCGUUUGGACAUAUUUCAAACAAAGCGGUAAAGCUGUUAUGGUUGGUUCAACCUCUAUGCUGAUGGGUAUGAUACUGGUUGGGCUAACUGUUGUGGUUGUGGAAAGUGCUGUUACAUCAAUAUACAUAUGCUAUGCUGAGGAUCCCCUUUUGAUUCAGAGAUGGGAUCCUGAAUUUUUUGAACAAAUGUCUGAGGCACUACACGAGCGACUGCAGUACCGAAGUGCACGUGCUCGCCAAGUACUGAACGGCCGGCUUGAUCAUUUGCCGAAUUCAUCAAGUAUUUGAAUUGCAUGUCAGACAUUGCUCAUUUCUGUGAAUCCACCGUAACGUAAGCAGGCAUUUCCAGAAGAAAAGAAGGCUUGGAUCUUCCUGCCAUUGAAAUAUAGACCAAGGAAGUUUUUUCUCGGCCAUUGAAAUUUAGAGAACUGAAGUGCCCCCAGCAAUCUUGGAGGCCUUCAAAAACAGCAGUAUGUUCCCAAGAUCCCAAUGAUGCAGUGAUUUGUUCAUGCUUGGGUAUUACUGCAAUGUCAGUUUUUAUUUGUGUAGGCUUUGUGUGGGAAGAUAGAAAUUGGUAAAUCCAUCUUCGAGAUGUAGGUUUUGUGAUGCAGAGUGGGUGUGGUUCUUUAUUUUAAUGGAAACACUUAUGCAAGUUGGUCACUGCGGCAAUUUUUCUCUUUUGUAGUAAGAUCUGUAGGUAUGGAGGAUUUUUUUCUUUCUUUGAACUUUGAAGUGUCUCAAAGUUUGAGUGCGAGUGUUUCGGCACUACAGACGCCCGCGCAAGGGUAUAGCCCUG